CGGGUCACGUGGGGGUCAUCCCGCCCCGCCCACCGCUUCCCGAACCCGCGGGGUCCGGCCUGCUUGAGUCCGCACGUGGUCUUUCCGUCUUCUUAUUCCGCGACCCAGCGCAGCAGCCAUGGCUCCAGGCCAGCUCGCUCUGUUCAGUGUGUCUGACAAAACUGGCCUAGUGGAAUUUGCCAGAAACCUCGCAUCUCUUGGCUUGAGUCUAGUCGCUUCCGGAGGCACGGCAAAAGCGCUCAGGGAUGCUGGCCUGGCAGUCAGAGAUGUGUCUGAGCUAACGGGUUUUCCUGAAAUGUUAGGAGGGCGUGUGAAAACCUUGCAUCCUGCUGUCCAUGCUGGGAUCUUGGCACGAAAUAUUCCAGAAGAUACUGCUGACAUGGCCAGACUUGAUUUCAACCUUAUAAGGGUCGUUGCUUGUAACCUGUACCCCUUCGUGAAGACGGUGGCUGCUCCGGAUGUAACUGUCGAGGCAGCUGUUGAGCAGAUUGACAUUGGCGGAGUGACCCUCCUGAGAGCCGCAGCCAAAAACCAUGCUCGAGUGACAGUCGUGUGUGAACCAGAGGACUAUGUGGCAGUGGCUGCAGAGAUGCAGGGCUCUGAUAGUAAGGACACCUCCCUGGAGACCAGGCGCCACUUGGCCUUGAAGGCAUUUACUCAUACUGCACAAUAUGAUGAAGCAAUUUCAGAUUACUUCAGAAAGCAAUACAGUAAAGGAAUUUCCCAGAUGCCCUUGCGGUAUGGAAUGAACCCCCAUCAGACUCCUGCCCAGCUGUAUACACUGAAACCCAAGCUUCCCAUCACAGUCCUCAACGGAGCCCCUGGAUUCAUAAACUUGUGUGAUGCUUUGAAUGCCUGGCAGCUGGUGAAGGAACUCAGGGAAGCAGUGGGCAUCCCGGCUGCAGCUUCCUUCAAGCAUGUCAGCCCAGCAGGUGCUGCUGUUGGGACUCCACUCAGUGAGGAUGAAGCCAGAGUCUGCAUGGUCCAUGACCUCUAUCCAGCUCUCACACCUGUGGCCACUGCAUACGCACGAGCAAGAGGAGCUGAUAGAAUGUCUUCAUUUGGUGAUUUUAUUGCAUUGUCUGAUGUGUGUGAUGUCCCUACUGCAAAAAUUAUCUCCAGAGAAGUGUCAGAUGGUAUUGUUGCCCCGGGAUAUGAAGAAGAAGCCUUGAAAAUACUUUCUAAAAAGAAAAAUGGGAACUACUGUGUUCUUCAGAUGGACCAGUCCUACAAACCGGAUGAAAAUGAAGUUCGAACACUCUUUGGUCUUCGUUUAAGCCAGAAGAGAAAUAAUGGUGUCAUUGACAAGUCAUUAUUUAGCAAUAUUGUCACCAAGAAUAAAGAUCUGCCGGAGUCUGCCCUCAGAGACCUCAUUGUGGCCACUGUCGCUGUCAAGUACACUCAGUCCAACUCCAUGUGCUAUGCCAAGGACGGACAGGUUAUCGGCAUCGGAGCAGGACAGCAGUCUCGGAUACACUGCACACGCCUUGCAGGUGAUAAGGCAAACUCAUGGUGGCUCCGACACCAUCCACGAGUGCUUUCCAUGAAGUUUAAAACCGGGGUGAAGAGAGCAGAAAUCUCUAAUGCCAUUGAUCAGUAUGUGACGGGAACCAUUGGUGAGGGAGAAGACCUGGUGAAGUGGAAGGCACUGUUUGAGGAAGUCCCCGAGUUACUCACUGAGGCAGAGAAAAAGGAAUGGGUCGACAAACUGAGAGACGUUUCUGUCAGCUCCGAUGCCUUCUUUCCUUUCAGGGAUAACGUAGACCGAGCUAAAAGGAGUGGUGUGGCCUACAUUGUUGCGCCAUCUGGAUCUGCUGCAGACAAGGUUGUGAUCGAGGCAUGCGAUGAACUGGGGAUCGUCUUGGCUCACACGGAUCUCCGGCUCUUCCACCACUGAUCUUAGUUUCCUUCAUUUCCUAGUUUGCUUAUGUGCAGUAAAUAGCGUGUGGGAUUUUAAAAGUACCUCUUGUAAAAAAUGAGUCGUUUGCAUCUUAAUAAUUGGAUCUAUGGUUUUAGGUUCGUUGGGUCUUAUCUUAUCUGAAAGGUAUAGACUUCUAGCCCAAGUCACCACAUACAGAGAUUUGUGUGUACCGAACCUAAAAGCAACCCUCCUUGGAGCUCAGCUUUUGAUAUGGUGUUUUAUAAGCUGUAGAAGCCAAGCUGCCUUAUGAUGACACAUCCCCGUUGGGGAUUGCUCUCCGCAGGGUUCUUCAUGCCCCUGAGAAACUCAACUGUUUGCCACCUUGACAGCCAGUUGUCCCCUGGGAACUGAUCCUUAGCAGGAUCUAGAUAAUGCUGAUACUGCUUAGGUGAAGUGUUGCCCUUAUUUCAGCACCUGUGAUCUUCUCUCCGGUCUGUUUAAAACCUGUAUUAGCGAUUUAGUAACAGUGUUACCUACAGAUGGACCCAGAGUUCUUAGAGUUUUUACUCACAGUGAGCAUGUUUGGGGUGGGGAUCUGUGGUCUUGACCGUUCACCUGGAAGAUGCCUAUGGUCAGCUAUAACCUUCCGUCAGGUAGCCUCAUUUCUGCCUUCUUUCCACUCCUUUCCUAAAUAAAAAAUGCAGAAGCUA